AUGGGACAAGGUACAUCAAAGGAGACAUUCGCAAAGACUUUGGAUUCAAUACAGACAAGCUCUGUUCCACAGGACUCUGAACUAUGGCAUAUAUUGUUAACGAAUCCACUCGAUGAACAUUUGAUCAUUCCAGUGAUCAAGGCAAUGAGACAGAAUCAACCUGAUAACUUAUCAAUACUUAUUAAUAAGUUGGUAGACUAUCUACAAGUUGUUACAGGUCAACAGAGAGGAAAGGUGUUUGAUUUCCAACAUGCAAACUAUUGUCUUGGUCUACUUGCCAGGAUCAUACCAUUUGUCUUUGACUAUGAACAAGACAGUACAAUUGCAGACAAGAUAUUCUGGCACAACAUCAUUGUGCCUUCACCAAACCAACCUAUGCAACCACAACCUGUGCAGCAGCAGCAACCACAAGUACAACAAGAACCUCAGGAGCAGCAACAGCAACAAAUGGAUCAAACAGGAAGUGAAGAACAACCGCAACAGCCUUUGCAAACAGAGACCAAAGUGGAAACUGAACCAUCUUCAUCUUUGCCAACUUCGGUACCUCCUCAACCCGAACUACCAAGAGCUGUACCAAACGAUCAACAUCUCAUACCACAGGUCGAUCGACAACCUUUGGCAGUGAGGUUGAUGGAGUGUCUACUUGACAUGUUAUAUCAUCCAGGCUACACAGUAGAUUGGCUCAUUGCUCCAGCAACAGCUUCACCUCGUGAACAAUAUCCAGAACAACUUCCAACAUUCUUUUCCUGGCAGGCAGGUUUUGGAGUUGAGACCAUAAAGACUGGAUCCACAAAGUCAUAUUGGGCCAACAGAUUGGCGGUACUCCAAUGCCUCCUAUCAUGUCUGUCCGAGCAAUUGUACAUUGGACAAGAGAAUUCUUACAACUACCGAUGCAAAUGGUUGGAAUGGAUCACAUCGACACAGAGUUACUACACCGAGACGUUGUUGUAUACACUGCUAAACACAUUCUGCAACUAUGAUCCAAUAGGAUGGGGAGUUCCCUACAAUCAUAUGCUGUUCUCUGAUCAUCAAGAGGCUGUAGCCAAGUCGGCCAUUGAGAUAUUGAACAUCCUAUUGUCAUAUGAUCAUAUCAACCAAGCACAACAACAGCAGCAACAACAAUUGGUGCAUACGACUACCAAUGGCUUUGCACUACUUGUAAAGAAUACCAAACGCUCCAGAGACUACACAUUCUUCUUCAACUCCUUUGAGAGGAUACUUGGACUCAACCUAAUGGCCUCACAUACCAAACUGCCAAACUCCACCAAGAAGAUUGAGAUGCAUCAAGAGUUGCUCAUCACAUUCUGGCGAUUCAUCUCACUCAAUCAUGACUUCCUCUCCUUUGUUACAAACAGUUCAUCAUCACCAGAGUUCUUGGUCUCAUUGUUGCAGUAUAUGGAUGAAGGAAGGAAGGCACAUGCAACACAUGGACUGGUUCAGAUUGGAACGUUUAUCUUGUUGGUAUUGAGUGGAGAGCGUGACUUUGCCAUAUCGCUCAACAAGACAUUCAAUGGAACCAUUGUGAUCGACAUACCAAAGCCCGCAGGAUAUAGCGACUUUAUCAUCAUCGUCCUUUACCGCAUGCUGAUGGAGCACAAUGAGAAGUUGGAGAGCAUAUUCGAAUGCAUCUUGACGGUGCUGUCAAACCUGUCGCCCUACAUGAAGAACCUCUCAAUGAUGACAUGUGUCAAGUUGAUGAAGCUGUUCGAGUAUCUGUCGUCACCCAAAGUAUUGUUUGCCAACAAUCACAAUCAUCGCUACGUGCACCUGCUGCUAGAGACGUUCAACAGUCUGCUCCAACAUCAAUACGAGAGCAACACAAGACUACUCUACGCAAUACUCCGGUGCCAGAAUCAAUUCUCCAAGCUAGCAUACCUAAAGAUAACCAAUGCCGUGGUCAACGACCAUCCAACAGUGACAGCGCCAGGUGAUGCCACUGCAGCAUUCCAUAAUCAAUCAUCCACUACUCAUGCUCAGCAACAACAACAUGAAGACCACAUUCAUUCGAAUCUUCCACACCAGAACGAACCGUCCAAAGAGGCCAAGAAGAGCUCAACAGAGCAUGUACAUAGACAAGAAUCAGAAUCAUCUUCCUCUGCUCCAAUUGAGCAUACUAAGCACGUGGAGGCACCAUCAUCUCCUGUUCAAAAUGAGUGGAUACCCACUGAUGAAUGGCUACAAAGUGUCAAAAGGCAACUACCAUUGGACAACAUCCUAAAGAUAAUUACCAAUCUCUCACCUCAAAUCCAAAGACUAUGUUCAGGAUCUGGAUCUGAUGAACAAAAGAUAAUGGAGUAUCUUAGGAUAUCAACUACAGUUGGUCUAUUCCCUGCUGCAGGACCAAUAAUGACAAGGAAGUAUCAUGCCAAUCCUAUUACCAAGUCGUGGUUCAUAGCAUACAUGUGGUGUAUAAUCUACUUGGAGAAUCAAUCACCUCCAUUAUUCUGCAACACAAACAUCAAGUUGUUCCAAGUUAGGCAGCAACAGCCACAGACGCAACAGUCACAGCUACAACAACAGUCACAGACACAACAACAGACACAACAACAGGCACAACAACAGACCGUCGAACAUCCUAAUCCUAAUCCAACUGCUGCUGCUGCGGCGGUGAGUCAUUGA